CGCAAAUAUUUGUCAGGUGCAGGAGGAAGCAUGGCGGACCAGCGGCAGGGCAUCUACUUUGGAGAGAUCUCCGCACAGCAGUCGCCCUCUGUAGAGGCCAACUCGGUGGAGGCUGGCAUCCGUGCAGGGAACAUCAACAUCAGCAGUUCUACCGACCGCGAAGUGUUGGAACUGUCGGCGAGUAGUCGAAAUGCACAGGAGAAACAUGCCGAGCUACUGCGGUCAUUAGAAACGGAGAAGCGGUCUCGAGCAGUAAACGUCCCCACGCGACCUGAAGAAGUGAUCCGUCAACUUCGGAGCUUGGGGCAUCCCAUCACAUUGUUUGGCGAACGGCCAGAAGAUCGCCGCGCGCGGUUGCGUACCGUUCUGUCCUCGCUGGCCGUCGACGGCGUCCUCCCUCAGGCAGUUUCUCGGGCCCAGGACAUCUCAUCCUCCGUGGGCUACGAGAAGGAGAAGAAGGUACCGUUGGAAGACCAGUUGUUCUAUGUGCCGGUCAAGUCGAACGACCUCAAACAUGCGCGACAAGCCCUGUUCAACUACUCCAUGGUCCGCACAAACGCCCGUCUCCAGCACGAACGCGCUCAGCAGGACUCGUCGGUGUUCGAGCUCGAUGCCCACGCCGCCGAUCUCUACCGCACCUCCCAGCACAUCGCCGUGAACGCGAGCCAACUGGCGGACGUGCGGCCGCUCUCGGCCGUCCGCUUCUCGCCGGACGCGUCGAUGUUGGCCACCGGCUCGUGGAGUUCCAGUGUCAAGCUGUGGGACUCCAAGACGUGCGCGUUGAUGCACACAUUCCACGGACACACGGACCGCAUCACAGGCAUCGCAUGGCACCCCACGGCCACGUCCGCCGCAUCGACGUCGUCGUCUUUGCUCGUCGGCAGCGCCUCCGCCGACGGCACGGCCAAGCUGUGGAACCAACAAGACACCAAGCAGCCAGUGGUGACCCUCAAAGGCCACCAGAGCCGCCUCGGCCAACUGGCAUUCCACCCCAUGGGUGCGCAUGUCCUCACAGCCAGCUACGACCAUACGUGGCGGAUGUGGGAUGUCGAACGAGGCACGGAGUUGCUGCUGCAGGAAGGCCACUACCGCGAGGUGUAUGCGAUAGCGUGCCAAGGGGACGGAGCGCUCUGUGCGACAGGGGACUUGGGCGGCGUCGGGCGGGUGUGGGACUUGCGCAGUGGCAAGUCCAUCAUGACGCUGCAAGGUCACGCCAAGCAAAUUGUGUCGCUCGACUGGAAUGGGUACGUGCUCGCGUCGGGGAGUGACGAUCAUAGCGUUCGGAUCUGGGAUCUGCGGAAGCGACAGAACGUAUACGUGGUCCCAGCCCACGACGGGAUGGUGUCGACGGUGCGGUUCUCCGCAUCUGGGGAGAUUUUGGCCACGAGCUCGUUUGACGGCAGCAUCAAGCUGUGGCGAAGUCGCAACUGGACGCUGCUGAGCGUCCUCAAGGGCCACGAUGGCAAAGUCAUGGCGAUGGACGUCGCCCCCGACGAAAAGCAUUUGGUGUCCAUCGGGUUUGAUCGAACGUUCAAGACGUGGGCACCAGACACCGAGUGUUAAACAAGGAAUACAUAGAAGAAGGAUGAUCUCGGACAGUUUGAAGGCUCAUGCCAGGCUGAACUGGGUUGGUAUACGUACUGUGUAACGAACCACACUUUCAGACAAUAUUGUACUCGGCAGCGUAUUUUAGGUUACCCCUCAUUACUAUGGCCUUCAAAACUACUAAGUACCUACUGUUUGAAUCGCAAAAUUGCUCGUUAAUUGUAAACAAAUCCAU